AUGUCGGAUUGGUUCGUUCCACCCGGGGAAGGAGAAGGAGAAAACGAGAAGAGAAAGAGAAGAAGAGGAGGGAAAAGACGCGCUCCAGACGAGAAGAGUAAUACUAACACUCACGAGUAUUCAGACGAUUCAAACGACGAAGAGCGAGCUCAUGAGCAGACGGAGAGCGGAGAUGAUGACGAUUCAGAAAGAAGAGAAAGAGAGAGGCAAAAAGUGUACCAAAUAUGGCCGGGAAACGACAAGUUCUUCUGGGACGGACGAAUAAUCGUCGGUCCGAAUUACAAAGCGUUUUUAAACACGAUAGUUUUAGUUUUAGUCCCGUCCGUGGUGUUUACGAGCGCAGUCGCGCCGGAUUUGUCGAGAGAAUAUUCGUGGGCGUGGCAAGCGGUUUCGACGGUUUGGCCGAUAUACGUUAUAGCGUGCUUAGUGAGAACCGGGACGAUGGAUCCUGGGAUACUUCCGAGACUACCGAGACCGCCACCGAGAGACCGGAACGAUCCGCCGAGGGAACGAGUCCGAGACGUGCCGCACGAACCGACGAAGAAACUCGUGACGGUGAAAUGGAACGACACGACGAAUUUUUUCCAACCGCCGAGAGCGCAUCACUGUUCGAUAAAUAACGAUUGCGUGGAGAAGUUUGACCAUCACUGUCCGUGGGUCGGGACGACCAUCGGAAGGAGGAAUUAUAGACAUUUUUUAUUGUUCGUGUUUGGGACGACGUUAUGGUGCGGUUUCGUCGUGGGUAGUUGCGUGUUGAGCAUUUUGGUGGAGAUUGACGAGAGAAACGACGAGGUGGAUCCAGCGACGGGGAAGUCGGUGAACACUCAAGCGGUAACUGGUGCGUUGAGAGCGUCUGGAGCGGCUCUGUUUUGUGGCAUAAUCGCUCUGUUUGGGUUUAUGUUUGUCUUUGCGCUUUCGGCGUUCCACAUCGUGUUGAUUUGGCAAAACCAAACGACGUACGAAAACUUCCGCGAAAGGAGCGACGCGGAGAAUCCGUACACGAGGGGGAAUUGCUGCAAAAACUGUUUCGAGAUUUUCUGCGAACCAAUACCGCCGAGUUGGUUUGAUUUCAGACAGUACGCGGACGAAGACGAUAGCGCGGAUCGGUUCGCCGAGCACAUGCGGAAACGAGGAUUGUUGUUGCAAGAGCAAGACCCGGAAAUCGCAAAGAAAGAGACGGAGAAACGGUUGGCGGAGUUUACCGAGGAUUUAGAAAAAGUAAAGGAGAAGAUUGCAUAUAAGCAAAACUUAGAGUUGAGCGAGCAAGCGUUGUUGGAGGAGGGAAAGAGUCGAGAGGAGGAGGGUAUCGGGAUGAAGAUGAAAAACGCGUUGGUGAACGUGUUUGGGAACAAUUCCAUCGGCAUGAAGACGUUUAAAGAGAAAAGAGGAAACGUCGACGAAGGGAAAGAAGGAGAUAACGAGGACGGAAACGACAACUACCAAGACGACGAGGAGUUGGGAGGUUUCGAAUCUCCGGUCGUUUUCGACGAAAACUACGUCCCAGACAUUCUUCGCCAACAGCAAAGCUCGGACGAGGACGGCGGAAGCGAAGCCUCGGUCAGCUCGAGAGGAGGAUCUUCCGACAUCGACGAACGCAAACGGAGGUUCCAACAAGAGAAAGGACGAAAGGACGAAGGUGGUGGAGCGGAAAGAGAGAGCAACGACGACGAUCAACAAAGCGAGAAGGACGACGACGACAACGCAGAGAAAGAAGAAGAAGAAGAUGAUGAUGAUUGCGACGACGACCGCUCUUCCUCGCUCUCCGAUUCGGAACGAAAACCAAUCGACGAGCGCGAUACCGAAGCCGAUAACGAAGAGCGUUCGGAUACGAGUUCCUCUGAAGACGACGACGUGUCCUCCUCCUCCUCCUUCUCCUCCUCCUCCAAGCGCAGUACUAACACUAGCAUUAGCACUGGUAGCAGUAGUAGCCUUAGCAGCGGCGGUAGCGUCGAUCGACGACGAUAA